AACUCAAUUGGGCCCCACUCAAACCCAUUGAGCUCAUCGCUUAUUCCUGCUCCAGCAGUGGCUUACCUCGUAAACCUUCACCGUCUCAGCUUAGGGUUUUACCGUUAAACGAUUCUCUUCGUCUUUCUCUGUUCUGAAACCACUACCGUUUCGUCGUCACCAUGCCGCAAGGGGAUUACAUAGAGCGUCACAGAAGAGACUAUGGCUACCGUCUUGAUCACUUCGAGCGGAAGCGCAAGAAAGAGGCGCGUCAAGUUCACAAACGUUCUUCAAUUGCCCAGAAGGCUCUGGGUAUUAAGGGCAAAAUGAUUGCCAAGAAAAAUUAUGCUGAAAAGGCACAGAUGAAGAAGACUUUGGCUAUGCAUGAAGAAUCAACGUCUAGGCGCAAGACUGAUGAUAAUGUUCAGGAUGGAGCUGUUCCUGCUUAUCUCCUUGAUCGUGAUAACACAACCAGAGCAAAGGUUCUUAGCAACACAAUUAAGCAAAAGAGGAAGGAGAAGGCGGGAAAAUGGGAUGUUCCUCUACCUAAGGUACGUCCAGUGGCUGAAGAUGAAAUGUUCAAAGUGGUCCGUACUGGUAAAAGAAAGACCAAGCAAUGGAAGAGGAUGGUUACAAAAGCUACAUUUGUUGGGCCUGGUUUUACCAGAAAGCCUCCAAAGUAUGAGCGAUUCAUUCGUCCUACAGGAUUGCGAUUCACUAAAGCUCAUGUCACUCACCCAGAACUUAAAUGCACAUUCAAUCUAGAAUUAAUUGGAGUGAAGAAAAACCCCAAUGGCCCCAUGUACACCUCUCUUGGUGUCAUUACCAGGGGAACUAUAAUUGAGGUGAAUGUCAGUGAACUUGGUCUUGUCACACCUGCUGGGAAAGUUGUGUGGGGUAAAUACGCUCAGGUCACAAAUAACCCAGAAAAUGAUGGUUGUAUAAAUGCCGUUUUGCUUGUUUAAGGUCAUAGCAAGCAUCAGGGUUCCAGCUUGAUUUCAAAGGCAGUGGUCAAGUCCCUCUCCUAUGAUUUUUGUGGUCUUCAAUCCCAAUCUUGUAGGGAAAAUCUUACAAACUUUGUUGCUACCAGAGAGAAGAUUGUCUGAGAAAAUAGUGAAGCAUUUUUGUUUCUUGUUUGGAUAGUCAAUACUCAAUGCAAUGAUCUGAUCUAGCACUUGACAUUUAAGAUAACUAUUGUACAAGAGUUAAGACAAACAAGUCUCAUAAAUUUAUGUAGUUCAUUUGCAAGAUAGCAUUUUGAGUUGCUUUUUGUUUUUUUUUUUUUUUUUAUGGUUGGGAUAUUAUGUACUGCCAAAUUUUAAUGAAACCCCGGGUACAUUUCUUAAUACAGGUUUAAAAAAAA